AAUAUAUAUAUACAUAUAAAUAUGGCGACCUUGCUCCUUUCAAUCUACUGCUCAGCCUUUGCUUCUCUUAGUUAUAGCUUCUUUUCCAUAUUAUAGUGGAUCAGGGUCAUGAUGGGUAGUUUCCAGCUCAUUCUUGUAUUGUCACUUUCUUUCAGUUUGUGCCUCUUUUCAAGUUCUGUUUCAGCUCAGCUUAGACAAAAUUAUUAUGCCAAUAUUUGCCCAAAUGUGGAAUCCAUUGUUAGAAAUGCAGUUCAAAAGAAAUUUCAGCAGACUUUUGUCACUGUUCCUGGAACCCUCCGUCUCUUCUUCCAUGAUUGCUUUGUGCAGGGAUGUGAUGCUUCAGUUAUAAUCCAAUCCACUCCGAACAACAAAGCAGAGAAAGACCACCCGGAUAAUUUAUCAUUGGCCGGGGAUGGAUUUGACACCGUGAUCAAGGCCAAAGCCGCCGUGGACGCCAUCCCCAGCUGCAGAAACAAGGUGUCAUGUGCAGAUAUUCUUGCAAUGGCAACAAGAGAUGUUGUUGCUCUGUCUGGUGGACCUUCAUAUGCUGUUGAAUUGGGAAGACUUGAUGGCCUCAGCUCAACUGCUGCUAGCGUUAAUGGCAAACUGCCUAAGGAAACUUUCAAUCUGAAUCAACUCAAUUCUCUCUUUGCUUCUCAUGGCCUCUCCCAGACUGACAUGAUUGCUCUCUCAGCGGCACACACCCUUGGAUUUUCCCACUGCAACAGGUUCAGCAACAGGAUAUACAAUUUCAGUCGUCAAAAUCCAGUGGAUCCUACACUCAACCCGUCCUAUGCAACUGAACUACAGCAGAUGUGCCCCAGGAACGUGGAUCCCAGGAUAGCCGUCAACAUGGACCCGAUCACACCUAAUACCUUUGACAAUGUAUACUUCAAGAACCUCCAGAAUGGAAAGGGACUCUUCACUGCAGACCAAGUCCUCUUUACAGACCCAAGGUCCAGGCCCACUGUUAAUGCAUGGGCUAGCAACUCCCCAGCCUUUGAGAGAGCCUUUGUUGCCGCCAUGAAGAAAUUGGGCCGGGUCGGAGUCAAGACAGGCAAAAAGGGAAAUAUCCGUCAAGAUUGUGCUGUUUUAAAUUAAAAUAAAAGUCAAGAAAAUAAGAGAGGGAAAAUAUUUUAUUUGUAAAUUGAAUAAAAUGUGAGAAUAAAUGAUGUGAAAGGAAAGUGAAGAGGGGAUGAUGUUGGGAUUGACUUGAAUUUUUGAGUGGCUUCUUAAUCUUAACAGGGUUGUGUAGUUGUUGAAAGUGUCAAAUGUUUCAAUAAUCAAUACAAAGGGCAGUGGAAGUA